AUGGCAGGACUUCCCUUUCAAACAGGAAGUGACAGCGGUGUAAGAAAGAGACUCAGCAGGCAGUGUGUUUGUUUGAGGGACGGUUUAGAGAGUCGUUCACUGUGGGCACAGUCCUGCCAACCUAAUGAGGACAUGUCCAAGAAAAUGAGCAGUCUGGCAGUGCCCGCGGGUCUGAUGACUCAGGCGGUUUCUGAUGGCGAACUAAACCUGAGGUUGUCCAGCUGUGGCAGCAGCUCCAGCCUAUCAGAGAGCUCCAGCAGGUCAGGUGGUUCGCAGGCAGCUGAUGGUCCGGCCAGUCGUGUGGUCAGCUGGGCUGUCUGUUUCGAACGCCUGCUGGAAGACCAUGUUGGAGUGCGGUACUUUACUGAGUUUCUCAGAUCUGAGGUCAGUGCUGAGAAUAUUCUCUUCUAUCAAGCCUGUGAGAAGUUCAAGAAAAUCCCACCCAGCCGACUGGAGGAGAUGAAGAAAGAGGCACGUUUGAUCUACGACACGUUUCUGUCUGAAAGCUCUCUGCAUGCGGUGAAUAUCGAUGAUACGGCGCAGACGGAGGAGCGCGAGCUGGAGAUGCCCACGCCCGACAUGUUCAAUAAAGCUCAGGCGCAGAUCUUCAAGCUGAUGAAGAUGGACAGCUACACCAGGUUUGUUCGUUCUCCGCUCUACCAGAACUGCAUGCUGGCUUGCGUGGAGAGUCGUCCUCUGCCCAGCAUCGGGACCCCGGAGCCCAAGAGCAAGAUGUCCAAAAAGAGCGCAACGCCACCCAGUAACAGAAAGAGCGUGGAGCUGAAAGUGCCCUCAUCAGACAGCAAGGCCAGCCGGAAGAAGAGGUUAGAGAACAGAGGCUCAUGGGGAGCGGAUCAGUCGUACGAGCGAGUGGCAGUAUCUCGUAAGGAGUCUCAGAUCUCGGUGAAGUCUAACAGCAGUCUGGAGUUAAUGUCUGGAUCCGGCAGAGCGGAGAACGGGCGCUGCAGUGUUGCUGUCUCAGAUCCCGAGACCUUGAGUUCUGGAUCUCCAACCGCAGAUAAAUACUGCUGCGUGUAUCUGCCGGACGGGACAGCCAGCCUGGUGUCUGCCAGAGCCGGCCUGAGCCUCAGAGAUAUGAUCAGCAGCCUGUGUGAGAAAAGAGCCUUUCCUCUGCGGGACGUCCUGCUGUACCUGCGCGGAAAAGACAAGCCUCUGUCUCUGGAUCAGGACUGUUCAGUGUUCGGAGAUCAGCAGCUCAGUCUGGAGCUCAAAGUCACUUUCGCGCUGGAGAUGGUGUUUUUAGGAAGGACGAUCGGCAUCAUAGCCAAGUCCAGUAAGAGUGUUGGUGAAGCUCUGUCAUCCGUCCUGCAGAAGCAGCAGCUGAGGCCGCAGGAUGUGCAGCUCUCUCUGAGUGGCUCAAAUGACGCUGUGAACAUGAGCACCAGUGUGUUUCGCCUUGCCAGCAAAACCGUGCGCAUGGACAGAGCUGCUCUGGAGAUUCAGACCUCUUCACCAUCAGCCAGAGCAAACAGCAGAGCCAGAAAACAGCAGGAUGUGGAUGGUCUGGUGGAGCUGCUGUCUCGAGCGCAGUGCAGUCGGGCUGAUGACCAGCGUGGGUUACUCACUAAAGAGCAGCUGGAGAUCCCGCAGUUCCUGCAGCUGUCAGCAGGAGGAGCAGAGGACCAGGAGUGCGCACUAUAACACACACACACACACACAAACAACCAAACGCCGGUCAGCUGUGUGUCAGACUGCUUCAGUGUGUGUGUGUUGGUUUUUUGGUUCGUGUGUGUGCAUGUGAUCGUGAGUGUGUGUGUAAUGGUCUAGUAGAAUGUAUGCUUGUGUGAGUGCAUUGUGUGUGAAUGAAUGUUUGUGCACGUUUCUGGAUGUGAUAGUGAGUCUUGUGUUAGUGAGAAUGUAUGUUUGUAGAGAUUGUUAACCCUGUGAGUGAGUGUUUGUGUGUAUAUUUUGUAUAUUACAGUACAGAGCUCUUUUAAAAGCGCAGAUGAAUGAUGGAGGAUCAUCUUAAAGGGACAGUACACCCAAAAAUGAAAAUUGUCAUCAUUUCCUCAGGGUUUCUUUCUUCUGUUGAACACAGCUGAAGAUACUUAUUUUUGGGGGGGGGGAAAAUCAGCCAUUAAUGUUUUUGUACCUACUAUAGAAGUAAAUGACUGCUUUUUUAUUUUCCAGCAUUCUUCAAAAUAUCUUCAUUUGUGUUCAACAGAAGAACGAAGUUAAUAAUAAUUGAGGAAAUGAGCAUAUUUUCAUUUUUGCAUGAACUGCCCCUUAAAAUAAGUUGAAAACAAAUCAGAAAUAGCUCAAACUACAUCUCCCUGUAUAAAAAGACUAUUUAUUUUCAUAUCAGAUUGUUGCUGUGUGCGAUUAUAAAGUUUUGCUUUUAUUUGUCCGCACAUGUUUGAUAUGGGAGCACAUUAGAGUGACUUUAUAUUAGAUGUUUUGUGUUUCAGAGUGAGUGAUUUAAGAGGCUGAUGUGGGGAAUGUGCACGGUGUGUGAUGCAUGUCAAUUUUCUUGCACUCUUUGCUUCAUGUGGUGAAACUCAAUCGCAAAUGCAGAUCUAAACACGAAUCUUCUCUCAUUUA